CCCGUUUGUUUAAAACGCCGGUAUAUGAUGAUAUUCAUCAAUUGACCAUUGCCUGCUUUGUUUCGAACAACUUCUACAAUGGCGUCUGCACAGCAGAGGCUCUCUUCGGUUCAAGGCCAUCUCCAAGCUGGAGAUUCGCGGGCAAGGAAGGCGCUUCUGGCAAAGAAUCCCGAUGACAUUGUUAUCACUCUUGCUAUUCGGACCCCUCUCACCAAAGCUCGCAAGGGAGCUCUCAAGGAUACACACCUUGAUGACCUUAUGAUUGCCUUGCUAACUGCUGUUCGUGAGAGAUCUAACCUCGACCCAUCCCUUGUUGAAGAUGUUUGUGUCGGAAAUGUGUCUGCUCCUUCUGCCGCAUACGCUUCCCGCUCCGCCGUCCUGGUCGCUGGGUAUCCCGUAACUACCUCUGUGUCAGUUGCCAACCGCUUCUGUUCCUCCGGGUUGCUCGCCAUCCAGCAGAUCGCCAACCAAAUUCAAGCCGGAGCAAUCGAUAUCGGCAUCGGCGUUGGCGCAGAGAGCAUGAGCACAACACCGAGCAAUGGCGCCGCAGCCGUCUCAGAAGCCGUGCUCAAUCACCCCAUUGCGUCUCAAAACCAGAUGCCAAUGGGUCAUACGUCUGAGAACGUCGCAGGCCAAUUCAACAUCAGCAGAGAGAAGAUGGACGAUUUCGCUGCGCGCUCGCACCAACGAGCUGAAUUGGCGCAGAAGAGUGGGUGGGUGGUCGACGAGAUCGCGCCCAUCAGAGUCAAGGUGAAGGAUCCCAAGACAGGCCAGGUCAGGGAAGUUGUCGCGGAUAGGGAUGAUGGUAUCCGUUACGGAACCACUGCCGAAAGCCUGGCGAAGGUCCGCCCGGCCUUCCCGCAGUGGAAGCCCGGCCGUACGACUGGUGGUAAUGCAUCGCAAAUCACCGACGGCGCUGCGGCGGUGUUGAUGAUGAAGCGAUCUCGUGCGCUGGAGCUGGAGCAACCCAUCAUUGGCAAAUUCUGCGGUGCAACGGUUGCCGGUCUGGAGCCGCGGAUCAUGGGUAUCGGCCCGACACUCGCGAUCCCGAAGAUGAUGAAGAAGCUCAACCUGCAGAAGGAGGAUGUAGAUGUCUUUGAGAUCAAUGAGGCUUUCGCCUCGAUGGGAGUCUACUGUGUCGAUAAACUCGGUCUUGAUAUUGAAAAAGUAAACCCUCGCGGUGGUGCGAUUGCCAUCGGUCAUCCCCUAGGCUGUACUGGCGCUCGUCAAGUAGUGACAGCCCUCUCAGAGCUUCGGAGACAGAAUAAGCGCCUCGCGGUGACGUCUAUGUGUGUUGGAACUGGCAUGGGGAUGGCUGGUGUCUUCGUCUCAGAGCAUUGAAAAGGAGUGCGGUAGGACGUAUAUAUGGCUGGUUGUUUGCUUGUCCUUUAGGAUUUACUUGAAGUGUAGCGGCAUUUCACUUACGUCCUAUAUAUACAUAUGAGGAGUACAUGCAUGUCAAGAUAAAUUCCAUUUCAGAGAGUGAUUUUAUAAUACAGAGUUCG